UCUCUCUGUCUACUAUGGUUUGUGAUGUGUUGAUAAUCAAGUGAUUUGAAAAUACUUGUCAGCUUCAAUGUUUUGUAAUUUCUGUAAAGAUGUCUUCAUAAAUUUAUACUGAACUGUCUGAUUCAUAAAUUUAUACUGAACUGUCACAUUAACAUUUUGUUGUAAGAAUAUUUAUGAAAAAUGUUUUAUUUGUGUAGCUAUUUAAAUCCCAUAAAACAAAUGCCAUGUUAUCAUCAAAGAAAAAAGAUUUAAAAUAUCUAAGUGAUGGUGUGGCUGGAAAAUAUGUCAAGAAAGAUACACCUCCUGAUUUACCUAUUGUUAAUGUAUGGACUACAGUAAGUCAGCAGCCUACCAAAAAGAUAGUUUCCCUGACAAGAAAAGGAUCCGACAAAAGUGUGAAAGAAACAAAACCUGUUCCUCAGCCAACUUCUCUAGCUCAAAAAUGUGCCAAAGCUUCACAGAGUCAGAUGCCUAGUAUUUCUAAAGUAAAUCACCAAAGUCUCCCUUCAAGCCCUGAUAUUGGACCUUUACAGCGACUGUCACCAUCAGUCCAGCCAAGUCCAAGUGUUUCUAUAGGUGCACAAAGAAGCUUGCAGAGCCCACCAAGUAGCCCAGUUCUUAAGUCACAGCCUUUUAGUGGGAAAAUAUCUCCUGUAACUAAAAUAGAUGGUGCUGUAAGGUUGGGUUCAAGUAGCUCUGAGAAUUUUCGUGUAAGUUCCUUGGGUCAGUUAUCUGAUGAAGCAUCAUCUCAGUUCCAACCAUCUGCCUUACCUCGAUUUCAGUCUCAUAUAUAUGUGAAUCAUUAUGUUACAAAUUCAAAAUCUGAACCUGAGUCUCGAGUUACAGAGGUUGAGAAUGAUGUCCCUGUCAAAGAUGAAACUCUUGAAAAUUUGAGGUGUGUAACUGUACCUGCAGCCGUUUCCAUAAUUGAAGUACCUGGGAACAGUACUUUAGAAACUGAAAACCCUCCAGAAAUUGCAUAUCAGCAAGAUGACAGCAUCCAGAUACACUUAUAUCAUCGGCAAGUUAGACAGCAUUACUCCCCAGAUAUGCAUAGAGAUGUCAUGGAGCAAAUACAUUUUCAGCCACCUGCAACAGUAGCAAAUAUAGGCCACUUUGCUGCUAAAAUGCAUCCACAUACAUAUCAAAAUAUUCUGCCUGAAAACUCAGCUCAGUUGCCUUAUUCAGCUGCUUUUGUCACUACCACACGAGUACAGCAAUCUUUAGCAAAUAGCAGUAACAUUCAGCAUCAAGUUAUCAAUCCGUUAGCAGCUCUUCCUCCUGUGCCAAGUCCUACAGCACUGGAAAGCCAUCAACAAUUAAUACCUGUUGGCAGCUCUGUAACUCCAGCUUCAUCUACUUCUGUUCUUAAUCCAGCUGCAUCACCUGCACAUUUUCCUCCUACAGAUGAACUUCCAUUGCCACCUGGUUGGUCUGUUGAUUUCACAAUGCGGGGACGAAAAUAUUAUGUAGAUCAUAAUACUAAAACCACACAUUGGAGUCAUCCUCUAGAAAAAGAAGGUUUGCCUACUGGAUGGGAGCGAAUUGAAUCUCCUGACAAUGGAGUGUAUUAUGUCAAUCAUAUUACAAAACUAGCUCAGUAUGAACACCCUUGUGCUCCUCAGUAUGGUCAGACAAGUGCUGUGAUGUAUCAAGCAUCUCUUCUUAGCCAAAAUCGCCAGCCUCCUCCAAGGCACACAAACUUUCACCAGCAUAAUGUUCUAGUUCCUGCAAAUCCUUAUCUUACUGAAGAAAUUCCUCAUUGGCUUUAUGUGUAUUCUAAAGCUCCUCCUGAACUGGAUCAUAAAUUAAAGUGGGAACUCUUCAGACUACCAGAACUGGACUGUUUUCAAGCCAUGUUAAAUCGAUUAUAUAGGCAAGAACUUGAAAGUAUUGUCAUGGGUUAUGAAGCUUAUCGAUUAGCUUUGCUCAAAGAAAUGGAAAGAUGCCUACAUGAGAAAGAGAGCAGAAAAUCUUAACGUAUUUUUAAGCUAUGUGAGAGAUUCAAAUUUGUUGAAUAUUUUUCUAGGAAACUUUAGUGAUAUGUGGUUGUGAUAAAACUGCAAAGCUCUCUCUCUCUCUUUUUUUUUUUUUUUUUUUUUUUUUAGAUUUGAGCUUAGUUUAAAGAUGUAUGCGAAGUAAAAUGUUUUUAAAUUUGUAAUAAAUAAUUAUAAAAUAUUUUUAGAGCAACAAUGUGUGAGUGUAUGAAUUAUGGGUAGGUAGAAAUUAUAUUUCCAAACAGUGAUACAUCUAAAAUUGAAAUAUUUUAAAUACUAUGCAUUUUAUACAUAAUUGAUUAAAUUUCUUUAUCAAAGGUUUAAAAAAUUUUUAAUUAUAGGGAACAUUUUUACAAUAACUUAAACUAAUUGAAUUUGAUAGUUUCCUUGUUUAAAAUGUCUUUCCUCCAGAAAGACAAUUAUUCUUAUUUUUGUUUUGUACCAUUGUCUUUUCAUUUAGAAAUACUCUUUUUUUAUUGCUUACGAUUUUUUAAUUUUUUAAUUACUUUUAAAAUUCUCUAUAAAACGUUUUACAAAUGUGUUGACAGAAUUUUAAUGUCCUUUUUGAGGAAUAAAUUGAAACAUGUAGAGGUUUUAAAGUAAACUAUAACUAAAAAUUUUAAAUAUUUGAGUGGUUUGUAAAAUGAUAAGGUGACCAUUUAGAGCUGGUAAAUGAAAGAAAGAUGUAUAUAAUCUUUAUAUGCAGUACAUGAAUACAGUCGCUUAGCUAUUAUAAAAUUGCAAACUCAUUCUACUAAUAACAGCAGUAUGUAAGUUUGAAGCUAAAUUUGAGAACACAUUCUUUACAUUAUUUUCAAAAUUUAAUUAUAUUUCUAAGAGAAUUUAGUUUCUAAUUUUAAUUCAAAAACUAGAAUUUUUUUUUUUUUUUUUUUU